AGUGUAUAUCACAUACAAAUAUAAUAAUUGCAAACUCUUUAAUCAAACAAUCAAUUAUUUUUAAUAAUAGAAGAUAUUUCUAAAAAAACCUAUAAUAUUCUUAUGCAAUCAGGGCUUUAUUGAAAACAACUCACAUGUCUCUUAACGUUGCAAAGCAUGAAGCAAUUUACAUGUAGCUAGAGCAUUUAUGUAUCAUUACAAACAUUCGAGUCAAAUUAAAAAAUAAAAAUACUUUAUACCAUAUUUUCUAACUUUUUGGUUUCAGUUUUAAUUUUUUUUUUCCUUCACCUGUUUCUCGAUGAUCCAUUACUACAUAUACCAUGCAAUACCAAUACGAUAGAUUGCUAAAAAUUUGUGAAGUUUCUUUAAUAUUCAUGGCAUCCAUGAGCCUCAUUUUUAUAUUUUUGCUGCAUGUUCACAUUGCGAUGGCUCAUCCUAGAGCAUCAUUUGAAAGGCUCUACUUGCCGACACCCCUUGUCGGACCGGAGUCACUUGCCUUUGACUGGAAUGGUGGCGGUCCAUACACCGGCGCUUCUGAUGGUAGAAUUCUCAAAUAUCAAGGACCCAAUCUUAACUUUACAGAGUUUGCUUACACUACACAAAACAGGAACAGAUCACAGUGCGAUGGAGCUACAGACCCAAGCCUUCAAUCCGUAUGUGGAAGGCCGCUAGGAAUAGCAUUUUAUUACAGGACAGGAGAGCUUUACAUUGCGGAUGCUAAUAAUGGACUCUUUGUUGUCGGACCUAACGGAGGCCAAGCUACUCCUCUUCUAAAUUCUGUUCAAGGCGUUCCUUUGAAGUUUCUUGCAGGCUUGGACGUCGAUCAAACUACCGGAAACUCUGGGUUUGAAUAUUUUUGUGAUUAUCUAAUUAUACUAUUUUUACUGAACAAUUACGGACAUUCAAUUUGUUAUAUUUUGAUAGUCCGACAUUCAUUUUUCAACAAAAAAAAGGAGGUUAAUAUAGACAAAAUUUUACCUAUGUGCUCGGCAGAUUGCAACAUAGACAUUAAGUUGGUAAAUAUAAAAAUAUCUACACAUUCAAGUCGCGAAAAGAGUUCUAAUUGCAGUUACACUUCUAUUCGAUCGUGCAGAGACAUUGUAGGACUGGUUCAAAGCAGAGACAACACAGGAAGCUUGUUCAUGUACGAUCCACGUACCAAACAAGCUACAGUAUUACUGAGAAACCUAUCAGCAGCAGCAGGCACAGCAGUCAGUAGAGACGGAUCAUUCGUCCUCGUAAACGAGUUCUUAGCCAAUAGAAUCCAAAAAUAUUGGCUUAGAGGACCAAGAGCUAAUACAGCACAAAUUCUACGGUCGUUCCCAGGAAAGCCAGACAACAUUAAAAAAAAUGCUAACGGGCAUUUUUGGGUGGCGGUCAGCGUUCUACGAGACCCGCCGCCGCCAAAACCACGGAUGCUACCACUUGGAUACAGAUUUAAUGAGAAUGGUUUGGUGCUGCAAGUAGUGAGCUUUAGAGGUCCAUAUGAAACUGAAGCAAUUAGUGAAGUUCAAGAGAUGAAUGGGACGUUAUAUGCAGGCUCCUUGCAUGUGAAUUUUGCUGCUACUAUGUUUAGACGUUAAGAUACUCAGCUGUUACAUUAAUAGCUUUAUCUAUGAAAAAUAAAAAGGUAUAAUAAGCAUAUAAAAAGUUGUUACAUAAAGUAAUUGCUUUUUACUAUGUAAUAGUACUGUUUACUAUGUGAAUGAAAGGCAAGCUUAUCAGCAUUCGUUUUAUUCAAACAAAUUGAUCUAUGUAAGCCAUUAUUAACAUAAAAUCAUGUGACCAACGAGCUAUAGC